CAAACAGAAAACGUGUACUAAACGUAAAGACGAAUAUAAAAGCCUUGGGCAUGUGUGUGUGUGGUCACAUCGCAUUGCCUGUGCAUUGAAAUACACAUCUCCAGAAGUUAACAUUGUAGUGAUGGAAAACGAACAAGCAGCAGGCACCAGCCAAGGAGGAGCGGCGUGCCCCUUGUGCAGACAGGCCUUCGACCCCGUGCUGAGGCAGCCGGUGACGUUGCCGGUGUCUAAGCUCAGGAUCUGUAGACAAUGCCACAGCAAAGAUCUGGAGCCGAGCCGUCCUGAAGGGUCAGAAAAUGGCGAAUUCUCCGUAGAAACAUCAUCAAACGAGACACACGUGGACAAAAAGCAUGUGCAUACAAAUAUACAGGAAAGCGCUCCAGCUCCAGGCAUGAACUCGAGAACAAAGAAGAUUUUAAUAGGCGUUGGCGUCACUGUAGGGGCAGUCGGCGCCAUUGCUGCUGCUCCGGUUGUGUUGGCGGCCACGGGAUUCACCUCCGGAGGCAUCGCAGCCGGAUCUUUCGCGGCUUCGAUGAUGUCCUCUGCUGCCGCUGCCAACGGAGGAGCCAUAGCUGCUGGAAGCACGGUGGCGGUCUUGCAGUCGGCUGGAGCAGCUGGUAUAGGCGCAGCCACCUCAGCUGGACUGGCCGCCGGCGGAGGCGCCAUUGGAGGGGCAACUGCUGUCGGGAUUAAUAAAGUUAUGGGUUCGGAAAAGAAACAAUAAAAUGAGACUAAUAAUGGGAAUGAGAAUGAAACUUUGUAAGAUGAAAAGAAGAACGAUAAGAAGGAAGUAGGGAGGUCAGAAAAUGAUAAGAAAGAAGGAAGCUUAAGGAAAGAAGGGGAGGAAGGAAGAUUAGGACAUGAUGAGGAACAAGAAAGAGAACCAGGGAAUGAUGAUAAGGAAGAAGGAAGAUUAGGAAAUGAAGAUGAGAAAAGUAAAUAAGAAACGAUUAGAUUGGCUUUUAGAGUGAAUUUUGGUGAUAUCCUCGUAUUGUUAUCCGCUUUUGAAUAUAUAUCGGUCUGCCUAUCCAUCUAUCUAUCUAUCUACCUAUCUAUCUGUCUACAUCUUAUCUACCUCUCUAUCUGUCUAUCUGUACCUACCUAUCUCUUUAUCUAUAUAUAUAUAUAGAAUAGUUUUGUGUGUGACUUGCGUAUAAAACAUCUUUAUAUUUUAUUAAUGAACAUAAUUUCAAAUAUUUUUUUUUUUUUCAUCUAUAGCAUAGUGGCUAUUGAUUCAGUGAUUUGUCAAAGCACGCGUUGGAAUAUAAUUUGUUAAGACAUUAUUUCAUGCAAUAUCAUUAUGAUAUUGAAUUCUGGUGAUAUCCUCGUAUUGUGAUCCGCUCUUGAAUAUCUAUCGGUCUGCCCACUGAAAGCCUAUAUAAAUAUAUAUAUAUACAUAUAGAUAUACACACAUGUAUUAUAUAAUCAUCGUGCAAUAUUAUUAUGAUAAUGAAAGCUUAUAUAUUUGUGUCUGUGUGUGUAUCGUAUUUUAUCGUGCAUUGUUUCUAUGAUAAAAUUAAAGCCUAUGCAUACAAAUACAUUUCAUGGUGCAUUAUUAUUAUUAUUAUAAUGGAAGCCUAGAUAUAUACACACAUGAAUUGUAAUUCCUCGUGCAAUGUUAUUAUGAUAAUGAAGGCAUAUAUAUAUAUACAUAUAUACACACACAUGUAUCAUUGUACUUAAUAAAAGACAUUUACACUAUUCCCUUUAUAAUAAUCGUAAAUUCCAAAGGUCAUUUUUAUUAAGAAACCAAUUAAAAAAUUAUAUUUCUCUAGUGAUAUUACCGUAACCUAAAUCAGUGUCAAUUUGAAGACCCCUUUUGUUGGAUUUUUAUGAGCUUCAGAAAGUCAAUAAUGAAUGAUAAGUAUAUUAGUACUAAGAGACUUACCACAAUAACGCCUAUCACUAAUUAUCUAUGCACAGUUGCCGGCAAACGUCUGUUUCCAGGUACAGUCCGGCCAAUAUCUAUCUCCAGAUACAUUCAUUUUCAGCUCUUUAUCCACACGCAUACACGCACGUAUUUACACACACACACACACACACACACACACACACACACACACACACAAUUAUAUAUGGACAUGUAUAUAUAUAGCCAUAUACCAGGGGCGUCAUUUCAGCUUUUUCUUGGGGAGGAAUGAUGGGCAGGCAAGCGAAACUGUUAUAAAAUGUUAUAAAAUGAGCUAUUCUAAGUGCAUUUUUAAGCUACAAACGGACCUAAAUAGUUGUAAGAAGAGUAUAAAACUUGGGGGUUGGACCAGCCAGACCUGGAUGGUGACAAACAGCCUUCCCCGCAAUUGACGCCCCAGUAAUGAAUUGGCUAAUUAUUAAAAUGCUUAUUAAUUUCGAAGGUAUUUUUACUAGUUUUAUUAUAUAUAUGUAUAUAUAUGUAAUAUAUCAACGGUAAUAACUGGGGGGUCAUCACUGGGCUGAUCAGCCGUGGCAUCCCAAACAAAUUUCCUCCAAAAAAUGGUCCUGCACUUUUCUAGUUGAUUAAAUCAUGAUCAAUCUUGUCAGUUUUUAUAUUAUCUAAGUAUCGAGUCUUGGGUUUACCUCUCUUUCUUAUACCAUUAACCAUACCCAUCAUUAGAUAUUUACCCAAACUAUCACUUCUUACCAAGUGACCAACGUACCUCAGUUCAAGUCUAUCGAUGGUGUUUAAUAUUCUCUCGUGAAUGUAUUUUAUCUUAUACCCAACUAUUUGUCCUGCAAUCGGUCCAACUAACAAGAAGUAAACGUCUGUAAUACCACAAGUCAA